AUGCUACCCAACUUACUGGAGCACAUAUUUUUCUUCGCAUCACUUUCCGUACUUGUGGUCGUUGUUCAGGCAGUUAAAUAUGAUUUUGUCGUAGAAAAUGAGGACGUGUUUACGCCAUGUGAAGACUUUCCAGAUAAAUUCAUAGAUAAGUUCUUCGACAUUUCGGGUCUAUCUUUUGAGCGGGAAGCCGACCUUAUAAAAGUCACCGGAGAUGUCAAGUUGAUCCAUGAAUUCGAUAAAGCUAUUCCUAUCCAGCUUGAUGCGCAGAUAUAUAAGAGGUCGCGCGGAGAGUGGGUUGAUACAAUCUACAAUAUUCGCCGACCGGAUUUCUGUCCGACGCUGUAUAGUGAAAACGAGCUGUGGUUUAUAUUUACUAAAGUGGUGCCGGAGCAAGACCGCAAGUGUCCGCCGCAGCCUGGUCUCACAAUAUCCUUCGACUCACUGUUCGGUUUGUCCUAUGAUAUAUAUGACCGCAGUGCUGAAGGCGAGUAUAAGUUAAAAGUCAUGAUAGGCCAAGGGAGAGACAUUAUGUGCUUCGAAAUUGAGUCGAGUGUCUACAAAAGUGAUUGAAUGUCUCUAUGUUUAGAUGUUUGUAUAUAAAAUUUAUUGAAUAAAUUGAUGCUAAUAAA